AUGCCCUUAGCCGCCCUCUGGGGCUACUAUCUCUGGGACCAUGUCGAAGAGGCACCCAAGAUCUUCUAUCCUUUGUGGAUCUUGGGCAGCUGGGGGCUGGUUUUGACCGUGGCUUUCACGCUCUAUCACAUCGUGCAUGAUCAGAUGUCGCUGGAAGCGACUCUCAAUCGAGAGGGGUAUCCUGUGACUCCCUUCAAUGUUCAGCUUAUACAGACCAUUUGCGCGCUGCCCAUUUGGACGGCAUGUGUAGCCUUCACCGCAUUGUGGGUACCCCCACUUGCGAUGGUUCUGGAGCUCCUGAUCGCUGUUUUCUCUUGUGUCGCCAUCGGCUCGAUGGUCCAGUACUUUCUGCACUCUCUGGGCGAGCCACCCUACCCCAGAAAGCUAAUGAAGAAGGUGCCGAUGAAACGUUGGUGGUGCGGCUCACUUUGUGGAGGCGUGAACGACAUGCUACCGGGCUUGGGUCUCCUGUGGAGCAAAGAGCCACAUCAUUUGACCAUAACAGAUUUGCGAUUUGCCUUUCGGGUCGUCGUGUUCUUCAUCUGGACCUAUGUGCUUCUCAGCGUUCUCGUGAUGGCUGUCAACACCGUACCGACACAGGUCAUUAAGGACAGUCACGGCUGGUGCCACUACCCGCGGCCGCUCUCCGAGCUCAGCAGUGUGAUUGUGACUGUUGCUGCGGUCUCUUCAACAUUCGUAGGGUCCGCCGGGCUUUCGAUCAUUUCGAAUGCGGUCUCCUAUGCUCUUGGGGAGGCAGAUGCUGACGCACCCAAGGAGAUGUACAACGUCAAGAGGAAAGCUGCGGUAGGGACCAUAUAUUUGCAAUUGCCCUUGCUGAAGGUCAUGUUGCCUUUGCUGCCGCUCGAGUACCUUCAGCCGUGGAUCUAUGUCCCGAAGACGGACUAUACCGGCAAUUCGGCAUAUGGCGGCUGGCAGAGUACAGGCGAGUACGUCAAGUGCCCGAUCUAUGACCGCGACGUCAUGAUUCACAUGGUCUACGGCACUAUGGUGUGCCUUUUGAUGGCUUACACAUCGUACCAUAAUAUGAUUCUCUACCUCCCCUCACGCGAUCGUGACGUGGCGAAGGAACUGCGAGAGGAACUGGAGACGAGACUGACCACUUCCACUAGUAGAGACACCAUGGACUCCCAAGCACUCUCCCAAGCCUCGGGUGCCUCAUAA